AUGGUUUAUUCGAAACGUAAUGCAAAUCAAGAAAAUCGCCGAAGUCGACAAAAUGAAGAAGACGAGGAUGAUGAAGAUGACACUCAAAUGGAUGCGGGAACAAGUUCACAGCCCCAAAAUGUAAGUUAUUUUCUAAUUUUUGUGCUUAAAAUAAAGAUAAAACAUAUCUUCAGGCCCAACAGAAGAAUGCAUCAACUAGUCGAGCUAUGGAGACUUUCACAUUUCAAUCUCUUGACUGGAAAUCAAUGUUAUCCAAAUUUUGGGUUGAACAAAAAACAAGAGCGAGUAGAACAACACAAAAUGACAUGCGUGAAAGAUGUAAACAUAUGGCACUUCCAAUGGCAAGAGUUAAGAAAAUUAUGAGAAUUGAUGAUGAAGUUCGAAGUUUGAUGAUUGCCGCUGAUGCUCCGUUUUUCCUUGCCGCAGCUGGUGAAAUGUUUGUUGAAGAAGUGACAAGUUUAGCAUGGCAAAUUGUUGAAAUAACAAGAAGAAGAACAAUGCAAAAAUCUGAUGUUGUGACUGCUUUGCAAAAAGUUGAACAAUUUGAUUUUCUCAUCGAUAUUAUUCCAAGAGAUCGUACUAUUCGACAAACAUAUGUAAGUUUUAAGUUUUUUGACAAAAUUAAUUCUCCAAUAGUAAUUUCAUAAAACAACAUUAUUUUAUUAGACUAUUCCACAUCCGCGAGAUUAUCAACCACCACAAAACCAACAAGAUGAACAGCAACCGAAUCAAAAUGAUAUUCCGAAUGAGGAUAAUUAUGAACCUCCAGUUAAUGAGCAAGCACAAAAUGGGGAAUUUAUGCAAGAAAUCGAGAAUGUAUAUGAACCUAAUGUAACUACAAUUACUGUCGGUAAGUCAAUAUUUCAAAAACUGUUUUUUUUUCAAUAAAUGUGAUGGGUUACGAAUUCCAGAUGAACAUGGAAACCCAAUUGGUAAUAUUCCACAAGGUUAUCAAAUUGUAAUUCAAAAUGGAAAUGAACAACAACCUCAACAAGAUUAUUCAACAAUUCAAAACGGAUCAUCUGAAACGGGAAAUGGAGCUAUAUAUACUUAUAAUGUUUGUUUUUUUUUCACAUUUUCUUUUUUACUCAUAAAUAUAAGUAUAUUUUCAGGGCCAAACAUAUCAUAUUGUUCAUAUUGCUGAUGGAAAUGAAACGUCGUAUCAAUGA